UCAUCUACAGCCAGGGACAAGGAUGAGCAGGCUCUACCGACUAAGCCACGUCUCCAGCGAGGUGGAAGUUCUGCUUCUCUCCACAACAGUCUCAUGAGGAAUAGCAUCUUCCAGCUCAUGAUUCACACCCUUGACCCACUCGCUGAAGGGAGGUUCAGAGAAAAGGCUUCUAUUCUCCAUAAGAUUGCCAAGAAGAAAUGCCAGGUGGAUGAGAACGAGAGGCAGAACGGGGCUGCCAAUCACGUGGAAAAAAUCGAGCUCCCAAACAGCACCAGCACGGAGGUUGAAAUGACACCACCCAGUGAUGCUUCAGAACCCGUACAAAAUGGAAAUCUCUCCCACACUAUCGAAGCUGCGGAAGCCCAGACCACAGAGACGGGUGAAGAUGAGGAGGACCAGCCUCUCAGCCUGGCCUGGCCUUCCAACCCCCGAAAGCAAGUCACGUUCCUAAUUGUUUUCCCCAUAGUGUUUCCUCUCUGGAUUACCUUACCUGACGUCCGCAAACCGUCAUCAAGAAAGUUUUUUCCCAUCACAUUCUUCGGCUCCAUCACCUGGAUCGCUGUAUUCUCUUACUUAAUGGUCUGGUGGGCACACCAGGUUGGAGAGACAAUUGGCAUUAGUGAAGAGAUUAUGGGUCUGACCAUCUUGGCUGCUGGGACCUCCAUCCCUGAUCUUAUCACCAGUGUCAUAGUGGCCCGGAAAGGGCUCGGGGACAUGGCUGUGUCCAGCUCCGUUGGAAGCAACAUUUUUGACAUCACUGUAGGGCUCCCACUGCCCUGGCUCCUGUACACCAUCAUUCACAGGUUCCAACCAGUGGCUGUCAGCAGCAAUGGCCUCUUCUGUGCCAUCGUCCUCCUCUUCAUCAUGCUGCUCUUCGUCAUUCUCUCUAUUGCACUCUGCAAAUGGCGGAUGAACAAAGUGCUGGGCUUCAUCAUGUUCGGCCUCUACUUUGUGUUCCUGGUGAUCAGUGUCCUCCUAGAAGACAGAAUUCUUGUGUGCCCUGUCUCCAUCUAGUAGGAAAAGCCAUAGCUUGAACUAACAGCAUGGAUGGCCCCUCCCCGCCCUGGGUUCUAGGCUCCUUGACCGCUCCAGAAGAGGCAGCUAGCACACAGCCAUGGGCAUUUCAAAGUGUCCCUCCUUGGCGGAUUUGAGGAUGGAUGGAUUUACACUGGGCCCACUCAUUUCACAGGCUGCUGCCAACCUUGCCUACUGAAACCACUUCAUGCAAGAGACCAUGCAAGAACCAUCCAUUUGGGGCUUCUCUCCAUUCACCACUGACAGGUACUCCUCGCUGGUCGGAGGUACAUUCAUUGUAAUGAUGCAAACAAUGACAGAGGCUCUCUCUAUGUAUACAUACAAAAUAUACAAAUUAUAAAUAGAUGCACAUGAACACACCCUGCCUGUUCCUGUAUUAUACCUCUCCUUUCAUACCUAUAGAGUAAUACAUACCUGUAUACAAACACAAAGAAAAAUUUUAUAUAUAUAUAUAUAUAUAUAUAUAUAAAAUCGUCACACACACACACAUAUAUAUAUAUAAAUACAAAUGCAUCUUUUCAGGGAUAGCUCUAGUAUAUUUAUAGCACCUAUUUGAAGAGGGGCAUCACCCUUCAGUCUGAGCUUUACCUCUUAAGUGCAAGAGGUAAACUAAUAGAAUCAUUGCUGUGACCUUCAGCCUACCUUCGACUUAUUGGGAUCCUGCCUGGUAAGGUGGGUAUUUUAGAGAAAUAUGUUGCAGGAAGGAGGGCUUGGUGGAGAGGGUCUGUAGGGACCCUAAGCUGAGACCUCCAAAACAUUCCCACCAGCCAAACAGUGAAGACUAUCUGCCCACCCCCACUGGGGCACACUGACCAAACCCCACGGGGUUAUGUGGGACAGACAGAGGUAAAACCCAGACUGGGUGGAUAUUGCUUUGGGGGACAGGGAAGAGGUGACCAAGGUUGGGGUUUUUUGAAAUUUUUUUAUAUAUUGCCCCAGCAUGCAAGUAGAAAAUAUAACUGCAAACCAAAUUAGUGCUCUUCUAGGACAACAAGACUAUAGAAACUGAACCUAUAUUGUUCUAAUGCAUGUCCCAUUACCAUCCCAAAAAGGGGGGCAAGUCUAGCUGUGAUUGUCAUUUAGGCGUAUUUUGAUGCUAAGGGCUCACAUAUAAUCAAAAUGCCUGCCAAGAGAGCCUGCAAUAUGUAAUAAGAAAUAUCAUCCAGUAGAGGGGCUCAGUGGAACUUGCCACCUAAUGGGAAUAUAAGGGCGUAGUUCUUUAAAGCAUCUUCCAGUGUGGUUCAUAAAGGGCUUCAGUGCCUAUGGAAAUCAUUAUUCCACCAAUAGAACUAAACUGAUUCUGAUCAAUACUGCUUGUAUUGAGGCAGCUUAGAGAUGUUUGGAAAGGCAUUUCUACACUCAGCGCACCCGGGAAGGUUUCUGAGUCCUCCUCCCGUGGUGCCAGGACCAGGAUUUGGUUAAAGCCUGUGCAAAAUCUGUGUCUCUCCUUCCAUCAGGACCCCAUGUGGGACUCUUUCGAGCGUUGAGUCCACUGAAGACGUCUUCACGCUUGCCCCAAGCCAGUCACUCCAAGGUUUUGACCUCCUGAUUUUGCUCCGCAUUCAUGUGACAUUUUCAUUUCAUUCAUUCCCCCAAACUCUGCUUGACACCUUGUAUGAUUUCUCAGGUCUAUGUCCAUAGAAAAUAAAACCUUGGGGGGG